AUGUCUCGGGUUCGAUUUGGAGUCCUCUGCAUCCCAUUUCAAGUCAUUGACGUUGUUGGCCCCUUAGACCUCCUCUCUUCGACCUCGUCUAGCUACCUGGGCGCCAUGCAGCAAGUAAGCGGAUUCCCGAUAGAGAUUGCCCAGAGAGGCAACAAUAUUGAAUUCGUCUACAUUGGCGAGUCUUUAGAGGCAGUAGCGGGGACAGCUUCUAUCAAGAUACAGCCUACUACUACUUGCGCCGACUGCCCGCGACUGGACUACUUACUCAUUGGCGGACCGUGGCCCGACUUCUUCAUGAACGUGCCCCCAACCUUCACCGACUUUGUCCGCAGCCGAGUCGACGAGCUCAAAGGCAUUUUCACCACUUGCACUGGUGCUAUCGUUGCUGCAAUGAUUGGGAUCCUCGAUGGGAAGACCGCUACAACCAAUCACCAGUUUAUUUCCAUGGCUGUCAAGCUAAGACCCGAGGUCAAAUGGACGACAAAGCAGCAAUGGAUUACCGAUGGAAAAUUUUGGACUGCUGGAGGAGCCUGCGCAGGGAUGGAUAUGUUUGCGCAUUGGGUGAGCGAGCAUUAUGGAUGCGAUGUGGCCGAAGCUGGUUGGGCCGCUCUGGAUUACGAACCUCGAGAUGUGAACGGUAAACUGAUUCCACUCAAAGCAGGGUUGAAGGAAUGGCGAAAGGCUAGACCUGCAUUGCCUUAG